CGUCCCCAGUCUUUCGGUCCCUGGGCCGGGAGCUGAGCUCGGUGAAGGGUGAAAGAGAGAAGUUCUGUUAGUCGUUGGAGGAGGGUGUGUGAGAGAGGAGUCCUCUCCGUGUGCUGAGCGUUUUCAUUCAUUCUGCACGUGCGCCAGGAAAUAAAAUCUUUGCUUUCACUUUUUGGAGGUCAGUUCAUCAGCAGUCAGGAAACUUAUGGAAAGUCUCCAUUUUGGAUUCUUAGUCUUCCCUCUGAAGAUAUUGCAAGAAACUUAAUGAAACGGACAGUGUGUGCCAAGUCUGUAUUUGAACUAUGGGGUCAUGGAAGAUCACCUGAGGAGCUGUAUGGUUCUCUUAAAAAUUACCCUGUGGAGAAGAUGAUUCCAUUUCUGCAUUCAGACUCUACAUAUAAAAUAAAGAUUCACACAUUUAAUAAAACAUUGACACAAGAAGAAAAAGUCAAACGAAUAGAUGCACUUGAAUUUCUGCCUUUUGAAGGAAAAGUGAACUUAAAGAAACCACAACAUAUAUUCUCUAUUUUGGAGGAUUAUGGUUUGGACCCGAAUUGCAUCCCUGAGAAUCCAUAUAAUAUUUAUUUUGGUAGAUGGAUUGCAGAUGGACAGAGAGAGCUAAUUGAGUCAUAUAGUGUCAAAAAGAGACACUUCAUUGGAAAUACGAGCAUGGAUGCUGGUUUAUCAUUCAUCAUGGUAAACCACGGAAAAGUGAAAGAAAAUGAUGUUGUCUUUGAUCCAUUUGUUGGAACAGGUGGCCUCCUGAUAGCGUCUGCUCAUUUUGGUGCAUAUGUAUAUGGGACAGACAUAGACUACAAUACAGUUCAUGGCUUGGGAAAGGCUAGUAGGAAAAACCAGAAAUGGAGAGGACCAGAUGAAAACAUCAGAGCAAAUCUUCGUCAGUAUGGUCUAGAGAAGUAUUACCUUGAUGUUCUGGUUUCAGAUGCAUCUAAACCUUCCUGGAGGAAGGGCACAUUUUUUGAUGCCAUUAUAACUGAUCCUCCAUAUGGUAUCAGAGAAUCUACGAGAAGAACAGGUUCACAGAAAGAAAUACCCAGGGGAAUAGAGAAAUGUCCAGAAAGCCAUGUUCCUGUGUCCUUGAGUUAUCACCUGAGUGAUAUGUUUUUUGACCUGUUGAACUUUGCAGCUGAGACCCUCGUAUUAGGUGGAAGACUAGUCUAUUGGUUACCAGUGUAUACACCAGAGUACACUGAAGAGAUGGUACCCUGGCACCCUUGCCUGAAACUCAUCAGCAACUGCGAGCAGAGGCUUUCUAGUCACACAUCAAGGCGCUUGAUCACAAUGGAAAAGGUGAAGAAAUUCGAGAACCGGGACCAGUAUUCACAUCUGCUAAGUGAUCAUUUUCUGCCAUACCAAGGUCAUAAUUCCUUCCGUGAGAAAUAUUUCAGUGGAGUAACAAAAAGAAUUAUCAAAGAAGAAAAAUCCAACCAGGAAUGAAAAUUAAUAUUUUGACAAUGAAGAAAGAUUAAAUAUCUGACAGAAAAGACAUCUGGAGGUGAACUUUUUAUGUGCAAUCCAAAAAACGUGUACUGUUCUAAGGUUUUUUUUUUUUUUUGUAUAAAAAAUGCUAUGAAGUAAAUCAAGCAAUUAAAAAUUGUCUUUGUAUUUAGACUAUUUAGUCAUAUGUUUUAUGAGGUCUUUUGAACCUUAUUUGAUUUGUAUUUGUACUUUCAGGUACUAAUGGGGAUUGACUCAACAGUUACAUUUUUACAAUUAAUUUACCAAGAAAACUAAUAUUGUUGAUUUUUAAAAAUAUGUCUGCCAGAUAUGUUAUAGGCAAUUAAUAGAACUUAAGGUUUAUUCAUUUGGAAAAUUUGUUUAGUUUGGUUUAUAAUUGUAAUUGAUUACAUUGCUACCAAUAAACUUUAUUGAUAAUUUCUAAAAUCAUAUUGUAUUCAGUGCUUUUCAGGAGGGAUAUGAAGAGGGAAAUGAAUUCUUACUGACAAAAAACACAAGAACAGCUAGGACCUGACAACCUAACAAGGUUCCAAAGCAUUAAGACCUUGCACAUCUGAAGCUCGUCUGUACCUUGG